UCUCAUUCUCCUCUGUUUCCUAAAUCCCCAAAAAAAAAAAAAAACCCUAACCCAAUGGAAGACGAAGAACCUCACUCUCACUCUCACUCUCAGUCUCAGUCUCAGCGUGCUUCGCUCCCACCCGGUUGCCGGUUCUACCCUUCGGAAGAGCUUCUCCUCCGCUACUAUCUAACCAACAAGAACGCGAACCGUGAUGGGGAUUUCUACGGUUCUGAUUUGAUCACUGAACUGGACCUAUACAAUCACGACCCCUUCGAAUUGCCCGACGCUUCCUGCUUUUCGUACGGUUAUCGAGGGAGUAAGAGGCAUUGGUACUGUUAUACGGUUAGGGUUGUGAAGGACGCGAGGCGCGUGAGAAUGAAAGUGAAGACCGGGUUCUGGCUCAGAAAAGGAAGGGUUAGGGAUGUUUUCGGAAACGGUGGAAACGUUCUCUUAGGCACCAGAACCCGCUUCGUUUUCUACGUUGGCAAUUCUCCAAAGAACGCUACCAGAACGGAUCGAAUAUUGUACGAGUACGCCUUGGUUGACCAUCUUCUGGGUUCUUUUGUCCUUUGCCGUGUAUUUGUUAAGGAGGCUCAUCAUAAUAAGAAUAGUCCAUCAGAGAUUGGUCUGAGUUGUUGUGCAGAAGAAAGUGUCUCAGCGGUGCGUCAUGUUGGUGUUCAGUAUGAUGGAUAUGCCAGAGCUGAUGUUGUUGAAGGUAGAGUUUGUGAUGAUAGCUCCGUUGACAGAAAGAAUGGAUGUGCUAGUGAACAAGAUGAUCGUCAAGUUUUGACCGAACCUGUUUCGGUUGCUCCUUUCCAAUGUUCUGCAGCAGGUCCUCAGGGCUGUCAGCAGGAAAGGCUUUCUGGACUUCCUGGCGGUAGUGCAUUGUUCAUUGAAGCUGUAACAUCUCGGCAACUUUUACUUUCCAUUCUAGAGGAGGAUUUCAUAGAAUUGAAUGAUCUUGCAUGAAUUGGUUCUGAGAUAUGUGAAUGCUAAUCCUGUUCUCAGGAGUAUUUAUCACCUGAAACAAUUGUAUUCAGAUUGGGUUAAUUACCCAGCUAAAGAGAAGAAAGAUUUACGAUAUUGAGUAACCUUUUAACACACGAAUGAAGAAACAUACUGCCAGAUGGGGUUGAGGCAAAUGUCAUGGAAUGAUCACUUCGCAUGUUAAGGUAGUUACUAUAGAUCUUUGUACGUUACACUCUUGAGACCUACUUGGGGAAAUAUUCAGCAGAUCUUCUUUGUUUUGGGCAUGCAGAUUUUUCUCCUGUGCCUAAUGAAAAGGCAAUUGGCUCCGGAGGAAUAAAGUUAGUUAGAUAUUGGCGUUUGGUAAUUGCAAUAUGCAAUUUACCUAAGUAUGGGUAAUUUCAACUUUCUUCUUCACGCUGUCAUUGUUCCCUUGACAGUAUAUUUCAACUUUAAUAGCAUUCCUGGGACUGUUGGAAUUUCCCAUUUGCCCCUUAGUGGUAAGGCAUAUUCCUUACCGUGUCUUCGUCCUUUUUCCUAUCUUGUUCAAGAGGCAGAUCAUAUAAAUUCCAAAUUAUGGAUCUCUGUAAGUGUGAAAUAUGAUGAUAACUUAUGAAUUACCUUAACUUUCUAUGUAUUACUUCUUUGGUUACGCUGACUGAUUUUAUUUUCUUCA